AGUGACUCAGAAUUUUAUUUCAAACCGCUACGUUGCUUGAGUCUCAUGUAGAGUCAAACAUUCCAAACUGAUAUGAAUCAAAACAGCUGAACUGAUUUGCACUUCAAUACAAGAUAACAAUCAUCAGAGGAGAGCAAAAUGGAGAUGACUGAGAAAAUUUAUGCAUAUUCAAAAAUCAUUGAUGAUUCAAGUGUCGACGAGAACCCAAAUGAAGAGAUUUAUGAGAUUGAAGACAACUUCAAGACUCGCAGGACCAAAAGCAGUAUGGGACCUGAGAACUUAGUUUCAGUGUUCAACACUGCACGAAGCAGAUGCUACAAAGUGAUGCCACAAAGCAGAUGCUACAAAGUGACUGGAGUGAGCCUGGGCCUGUUGUGCGUUGUCCUGCUGCCUACCAUCAUAGUGCUGCAUGCCAGGUUGAUUGCAGAGAAAGACAGGUUACAGGCCAGUUACAACAAUGUGACGAGAGAGAGAGACCAGUUACAGGCCAGUUACAACAGCCUGAUGCUAGAGAGACCCCAGUUUCAGACUAGUUACAAUCUAACGAUAGAAAGAGACCAGUUACAGGACAAAAUAAAGCUAUUAACUCAAGAAAAGGAAAAAUGGGAGACCAGUUACAACACCACAAUAAUCCAGUUGGACCAGUUACAAAGGGAGAAAGAUGGACUUCAUAAGAGGGUCACUGACUGUGGAUGCUUCAGGGUUGGAGACCGAAUAAAGGUGAAAGCCUCGGUUACUUCUCCAAAGUAUGGAUGGGGAGAUGCCUCUCACAAGAGUGUUGGUGUGGUUACAGCUCUUAUGGGUGAUCGUUUGAAAGUAGAUUUUCCUGAUCAUAAGUCUUGGCUGGCCGCAGUUUCUGAAACGGAACUGGCUUCCAGUACAGACCCAGGAUACUUCAGGGUUGGAGACCGAGUCAGGGUGAAAGCCUCUGUUAGUGCUCCAAAAUAUAAGUGGGGAGAUGCCUCUCACAGGAGUGUUGGUGUGGUUACAGCUGUUGAUGGUGAAAAUAUGACUGUAGAUUUUCCUGAACAUAAAUCCUGGAAGGCUGCAGUUUCUGAAGUGGAGCUGGCUCCCAGUGCUGACUCAGAAAACUUCAGGGUUGGAGACCGGGUCAGGGUGAAAGCCUCUGUUAGUACUCCAAAAUAUAAGUGGGGAAGUGCCUCUCACAAGAGUGUUGGUGUGGUUACAGCUAUUAGUGGUGAAACUAUGACUGUAGAUUUUCCUGAGCAUAAAUCUUGGAAGGCUGAAAUUUCUGAAAUGGAACUGGCUCCCAGUGAAGACUCAGGAACUUUCAGGGUUGGAGACCAGGUCAGGGUGAAAGCCUCUGUUAGUACUCCAAAAUACAAAUGGGGAAGUGCAUCUCACCGGAGUGUUGGUGUGGUUACAGCUAUUAGUGGUGAAAGUAUGACUGUAGAUUUUCCUGAGCAUAAAUCUUGGAAGGCUGAAAUUUCUGAAAUGGAACUGGCUCCCAGUGAAGACUCAGAAACCUUCAGGAUUGGAGACCGGGUCAGGGUGAAAGCCUCUGUAAGUUCUCCAAAAUAUUACUGGGGAAGAGCUUCUAACCGGAGUGUUGGUGUGGUUACAGCUCUUGCUGGUGAAAGUAUGACUGUAGAUUUUCCUGAGCAUAAAUCUUGGAAGGCAGCAGUUUCUGAAAUGGAGCUGGCUCCCAGUGCUGAUCCAAGAAAUUUCAGGAUUGGAGAUGAGGUGAGGGUGAAAGCUUCUGUUAGUUCUCCAAAAUAUGACUGGGGAGAUGCAUCUAACAAGAGUGUUGGUGUGGUUACAGCUAUUAGUGGUGAAAGCAUGAUGGUAGAUUUCCCAGAGCAUAAAUCUUGGAAGGCUGCAGUUUCUGAAAUGGAACUGGCUCCCAGUUUUGACUCAGGAAAUUUCAGGGUUGGAGACCGGGUCAGGGUGAAAGCUUCUGUUAGUACUCCAAAAUAUGGAUGGGGAAGUGCCUCUCACAGAAGUGUUGGUGUGGUUACAGCUAUUAAUGGAGAAAGUAUGACUGUAAGUUUUCCUGAGCAUAAGGUUUGGACAGCUGCAGUUUCUGAAAUGGAACUGGCUCCCAGUGCUGACUCAGCAAACUUCAGGGUUGGAGACCGGGUGAGGGUGAAAGCUUCUGUUAGUACUCCAAAAUACCAGUGGGGAAGUGCCUCUCACAGCAGUGUUGGUGUGGUUACAGCUGUUGAUGGUGAAAGUAUGACUGUAGAUUUUCCUGAGCAUAAAUCUUGGAAGGCUGCAGUUUCUGAAAUGGAACUGGCUCCCAGUGAUAACUCACAAAACUUCAGGGUUGGAGACCGGGUCAGAGUGAAAGCCUCUGUUAGUACUCCAAAAUAUGGAUGGGGAAGUGCCUCUCAUAGUAGUGUUGGUGUGGUUACAGCUGUUCAUAGUGAAAGUAUGAAUGUAGAUUUUCCUGACCAUAAAUCUUGGAUGGCUGCUAUUUCUGAAAUGGAACUGGCUCCCAGUAUUGACUCAGAAACCUUCAGAGUUGGAGACCGAGUGAGGGUGAAAGCUUCUGUUAGUUCUCCAAAAUAUGACUGGGGACGUGCCUCUCACAGCAGUGUUGGUGUGGUUACAGCUGUUGAUGGUGAAAGAAUGACUGUAGAUUUUCCUGAGCAUAAAUCUUGGAAAGCUGCAGUUUCUGAAAUGGAACUGGCUCCCAGUGUUGACUCAGAAACCUUCAGGGUUGGAGAUCGGGUCAGAGUGAAAGCCUCUGUUAGUUCUCCAAAAUACGGAUGGGGAGAUGCCUCUCGUAGGAGUGUUGGUGUGGUUACAGCUAUUAGUGGUGAAAGUAUGACUGUAGAUUUUCCUGAACACAAAUCUUGGAAGGCUGCAGUUUCUGAAAUGGAACUGGCUCCCAGUGCUGACUCAGAAACCUUCAGGGUUGGAGAUCGGGUCAGAGUGAAAGCCUCUGUUAGUUCUCCAAAAUACGGAUGGGGAGAUGCCUCUCGUAGGAGUGUUGGUGUGGUUAAAGCUAUUAGUGGUGAAAGUAUGACUGUAGAUUUUCCUGAACAUAAAUCUUGGUUGGCUGCAGUUUCUGAAAUGGAACUGGCUCCCAGUUCUGACUCAGAAACCUUCAGGGUUGGAGACCGGGUCAGGGUGAAAGCCUCUGUUAGUACUCCAAAAUACCAGUGGGGAAAAGCCUCUAACAGGAGUGUUGGUGUAGUUACAGCUCUUGAUGGUGAAAGUUUGACUGUAGAUUUUCCUGAGCAUAAAUCUUGGAAGGCUGCAGUUUCUGAAAUGGAACUGGCUCCCAGUUCUGACUCAAGAAACUUCAGGAUUGGAGACGAGGUCAGGGUUAAAGCUUCUGUUAGUUCUCCAAAAUACCUGUGGGGAAGUGCCUCUAACAAAAGUGUUGGUGUGGUUACAGCUAUUAGUGGUGAAAGUAUGACUGUAGAUUUUCCUGAACACAAAUCUUGGAAGGCCGCAGUUUCUGAAAUGGAACUGGCUCCAAGUUUUGACUCAGAAAACUUCAGGGUUGGAGACCGGGUCAGAGUGAAAGCCUCUGUUAGUACUCCAAAAUACGGAUGGGGAAGUGCCUCUCAUAGUAGUGUUGGUGUGGUUACAGCUAUUAAUGGUGAAAGAAUGACUGUAGAUUUUCCUGAGCGUAAAUCUUGGACGACUGCAGUUUUCGAAAUGGAACUGGCUCCCAGCACGGACUCAGCAAACUUCAGGGUUGGAGACCGGGUCAGGGUGAAAGCCUCUGUUACUACUCCAAAAUACAAGUGGGGAAGUGCCUCUCACAGCAGUGUUGGUGUGGUUACAGCUAUUAAUGGUGAAAGUAUGACUGUACAUUUUCCUGAGCAUAGGUCUUGGAUGGCCAGCGUUUCUGAAAUGGAACUUGCUCCCAGUGCUGACGUAGAAAGCUUCAGGGUUGGAGACCGGGUCAGAGUGAAAGCCUCUGUUAGUCCUCCAAAAUAUGGAUGGGGAAGUGCCUCUCAUAGAAGCGUUGGUGUGGUUACAGCUAUUAAUGGUGACAGUAUGACUGUAGAUUAUCCUGAGCAUAAAAAUUGGAAGGCUGCAGUUUCUGAAAUGGAACUGGCUCCCAGUGCUGACUUAGGAAACUUCAGGGUUGGAGACCGGGUCAGGGUGAAAGCCUCUAUUAGUUCUCCAAAAUAUGACUGGGGACGUGCCUCUCACAGCAGUGUUGGUGUGGUUACAGCUGUUGAUGGUGAAAGUAUGACUGUAGAUUUUCCUGAGCAUAAAAAUUGGAAGGCUGCAGUUUCUGAAAUGGAACUGGCUCCCAGUACGGACUCAGGAAACUUCAGGAUUGGAGACCGAGUCAGAGUGAAGGCCUCUGUUAGUAUUCCCAAAUACAAGUGGGGAAGUGCCUCUCACAGCAGUGUUGGUGUGGUUACAGCUCUUGAUGGUGAAAGUAUGACUGUAGAUUUUCCUGAGCAUAAAUCUUGGAAGGCUGCAGUUUCUGAAAUGGAACUGGCUCCCAGUGAAGACUCAGAAAGCUUCAGGGUUGGAGACCGGGUCAGGGUGAAAGCCUCUGUUAGUUCUCCAAAAUAUAAGUGGGGAAGUGCCUCUCACCGGAGUGUUGGUGUGGUUACAGCUGUUAAUGGUGAAACUAUGACUAUAGAUUUCCCCGAGCAUAAAUCUUGGAAGGCUGCAGUUUCUGAAAUGGAACUGGCUCCCAGUACUGACUCAAUGAGUUUAGCAACAUCUUGGACGCCGAGCCCGAGUGAAAGCCUAAAUACAACCUCCAAAAUAUAACUGGAAAUCUGUCAUUCAUAAAAGUAUGGGCAUGAUCAAAGCUGUGAGAGUGAUGGCGGAGUUCCCUGAGCAUUCUGGCUGGACUAGGCAUCCCUCAGAAAUGGAAUCUCCACAAGAAAAGGAAUUUAUUGUGCUAUUCAAAAUAAUUACAAGUGAAUCUUUUGAACUGUGCCUUAACUGUAAUCUAAAUUACUAAUCUAAAUUAGUAAAAUCACUGAUUAGUAAAAUCACUGAUUGUAUGCAUCACAUUGUUUAUUGAUGUUAAGCAGUUUAUGUAAACACAUGCUUAAAUGUGAAUCAAAUGAAUUUGAAACAUCUGAGUAAGCUAUGUGUGCAUAUUAAUUUCUAUUCAUUAUUAAUAGUUAUUUGUAUGGAAAAUCCUGAUGCUUUACAAUAAAAUGCCUAAAGAUGUC